UAUCUUUUUACGUUUGACAGGUCUAAUACGAGAGGAGAUUGGUGAUCUUCUAGAUAUGGAGAUGCUACAACUUUCUGUUAACAACUUAAUGGGUUCUAUUCCUACAUCAAUCUUUAAUAUCUCACCACUUCAAAUAAUGUCGCUUGUGCUAAAUAACUUGUCAGGCAAUCUUCCAUCAAAUAUAGGGCUUUGGCUACCCAAUCUUUAUGCCAUCUUGCUUGGAGGAAAUAAACUCACUGGAAUUAUUCCAGAGUCAAUCUCAAAUGCUUCUCAACUCAUUAAUUUAGGCCUAGGUGUCAAUGCAUUUAUGGGUCCGAUUCCAAAAUCGCUUGGCAAUUUACAACUACUCGAAACUUUGAAAUUGGAUGAAAACAAUUUGACGAGUGGGUUAUCUUCUUCCUCUCCAGAAUUGAGCUUCCUCACUUCCUUGGUAAAUUGCAGACAUCUACAAAGAUUGCAUAUAAGUUUAAAUCCUCUAGAUGGCAUUCUUCCAACAACCAUUGGAAAUCUCACUGCUUCACUCGAGACCAUUUAUGUAGAUUAUUGUGGAAUCAGAGGCAACAUUCCUAGUGAAAUUGGUAAUUUAAGCAAUUUGGCAUUCUUGAAUCUGGCACAAAAUGGUUUCAUUGGAUUUAUUCCAUCAACAGUCAAACAGUUAGGGAAGCUUCAAAGGUUGUAUCUUCACAAUAAUAAACUGCAGGGUUCCAUUCCAAAUGAUCUAUUAUGCCAUUUGAGAAAUUUGGGUGACUUGCGAUUGAACCAAAAUGAACUUUCUGGAUUAAUUCCAGAAUGUUUGGGGAAUAUUACAUCUCUAAGGUAUAUCUACCUUGAUUCUAACAAACUAACUUCUAUCACCCCCAUAAGCUUGUGGAGUCUUAAAGAUCUCUUGGAAAUCAACUUAUCAUCGAAUUCUUUAAAUGGCUAUCUACCACCACAAUUUGGGAGUUUGAAGGUUGCAACACUCAUAGAUUUUUCCAUGAAUCAAUUUACAAGAAAAAUCCCAAGUACAAUUAUAGGUUUGCAAAACUUGGUUAAGCUUUCAUUGGCGCACAAUAAAUUACAAGGACCUAUACCUGACUCAUUUGGCAGCAUGGUGAGUUUGGAAUUCUUAGAUCUAUCCUAUAAUAACCUCUCUGAUGUAAUCCCCAAGUCCUUAGAGACAUUGUCUCAUCUUUCAUAUUUCAACGUUUCUUUCAAUAGGUUAAGCGGACAAAUUCCAAAUGGGGGACCUUUUGCAAACUUUACAAUCCAAUCAUUCAUGUCGAAUGAAGCAUUAUGCGGUGUACCAAAGUUUCAAGUCCCAACAUGCCAUACUAGUUCCCUUCAUCAUUUGACCAGAAGAUUGACUCUAGCUUUAUAUAUUUGUUUAUCUAUUGCAUUCAUAAUACUUGCUACGACCUUUGUGCUCUUGUUCAUAAAAUGUCAAAGAGGAAAUAAAACUCCAACCAAUGUUGAUCUCUUACCAACAAUAACACCUCCAAGAAUCACAUACCAGUAG